AUGGGGAACAGUUUGGGAGAUUGUGGUUGCAGUGAUGCAAAAGAUGCAAUCAAAGGUGGUCCUUCUGCACCAAAGCAACAACAUGUCGGCGUUCCUCCGACGACAAAAGUGGAGGACGAUGCUGUGGUUGUAGGACCUGAUCGGGCUAUCCAGGCCUUGAUCAAAUCGAUUGAAGAAAUGAGAGAAAACCAUCGUCAAGGGUCAUCUGGAGGUUCCCGUGCGUCAAAACAAGAAAAACCAAAGAAUGAGGAGAGAGGAGGUUCAUCACUAAGCCAGGGUCGUCCAGGGCAAAGCUUUUAG